ACAUUUAGGUAGACCUGCCUUCCAGAGUCCUGUGUGUGGAGCAAUCAUUAUGGAACAUGGCUCAUGUCCCCAACAUCAUCAUCAUCUAAGCAAAGCUCUCUCUCUUUUUUUUUUUGUUUACUUCCCUCCUCGAGUGAGCCCAAUAGUCCAUAUAUACGGCCGUGAGCUAGCGGCGCAGUGUGCUCCCAAUCCAGCCAUGGCUUCGUCCUCCACUUGUGCCAGAGCUCGCAUUGCCGUUGCCGUUGUGCUCGUCGGCAUUGCGGUGCUCUUCCCCGGCAAUGCCGUCGUGGUGGGCGGCUACCCACACGGCGGCGGCGGGGGAGACUACAGGAUGCAGUUCUUGGGGCAGCAGAACGCGGCGCGGGCGGCGAUGGGGCUGCCGCCGCUGGCGUGGGACGAGCGGGUGGCCGGGUACGCGCGGUGGUACGCGGAGUCGCGGCGCGGCGACUGCGCGCUGGUGCACUCGUCGGGGCCGUACGGGGAGAACCUCUUCUGGGGGAGCGGCACGGGGUGGUCGCCGGCGCAGGCCGUGGGCGCGUGGCUCGCCGAGCAGCCGCGCUACAACUACUGGAGCAACAGCUGCGCCGGCGGCAUGUGCGGCCACUACACGCAGAUCAUGUGGCGCGCCACCCGCCGCGUCGGCUGCGCCAUGGUCACCUGCUACAACGGCAGGGGCACCUUCAUCACCUGCAACUACGACCCGCCCGGCAACUACGUCGGCGUGCGCCCCUACUGACCAGCCGCCGCCGGCGAUCACCCCUUCCUUCCUCCCCGCUGCCUGCCGGCCGGCCGGGAGCACCGCGCGCCGGCACGGCAAUGCACGUCAGGCCGACGCAGCGCAGCGAACCAAUCCUGCUGUCUCAUUCAUUGCCCCAUCUGAUGGUGUUACAAGAGUACAACUGUACAAAAUAAUUCUUUUCUACUGCACGCUGUCACGUCUGUUUCUUUAACUUGUUCUCCUGCCAAAAAUAUAUAUUAUGAGAUGUUAUUGGUAGGAACUACCACUAUAAUGAAAUGAAAUUAUGAUCAGCUAAUCGAUCUGUCUGUUACUCUGUUUCUGC